AGCGGAGAGUAUAUCUGGGCAUGCGCUGAUGCGCACACGUCACACGACAUCUCUAGGAAGCCGAGUGUCGAGGUUUGAUGUUUGACAUUGCGCCGAAACACCUACGUCUACAGCUCAUGUAGAUAUUCUGCGUAUUUAGCUGCUCUGUUGCCAUUACAUGAAACAGGCGUUUUGAGCGAGUUGGGAAAAAGCGACCGCGCGUCUUGCUGAAGGUCGUCCGUGGUAGACAGUGAGAUGUCACGGUUCGGCGUGAGCCGCAGCGUGAGAUCACCGGCGAUGCUGCUGAUGCUGAUGCUAGGAGCGUCACUGAUGAUGACGUGCACGAAAGCCAACCAGCGCACAGCGGCUGAACACGGCGUCGUCAAGAAUCCGACGUUAGACCACGGUGACACGUUAAUCAAAAUAGCUCCUGGAAGAAACAUCUCGCUACCUUGCGCUGGCACUGGCGCCAUCCGAUGGUUCUUUAGACGAUUCGAUGGCGACAGUGACGACCAGCUACUGGAAGAGCAGGCCGAGCCAACGCCACUUGUUCGCCAAGCGAUGACCUACGAUGACAGCGGUUCGUACGAGUGCCGCCAGGAGGCGCGACCGACGGUAGCCAUUAGCAGUUACACGGUACUCGUGCUGGCCACCCCGAACAAGAAGGAACAGUUAUACGGCGAGAUCGUUCCCGAAUCGUCCCAGUUCGUCGAGCAUGGCGCCACCGUCGCACUCGCCUGUGUUCUCUAUAACACCGACCUCUACGAUAGCACAAUGAUCACGUGGUCGCUGCAGCCAUACGUCGAUCAGGGGACGACUAAUGUGACAUCAUGGGCUGUCGCCGUCGACCGCCGCACUUCGCUACUAGUUAUUAGGAACGCCACCUGGCGGCAUCGGGGUUCCUACCAUUGUCAGCUGCCAGUAGGCCUACAUGACGUCGACUUCCGCGCGAUCACAGUCGGCGAGCGACCGACGCCGCCGGUAGAUGUCGCCUGCGUGCUCGAUAACAGUCAGUACGUCACGUGUUCGUGGUUGCCCGGCAACGAGCCGCGCAUCAGCACGGCGCACGCGCUGCGCUACCGGCAGUCGAAGACGGAGGCGUGGCAGGAAGCCGUGGCCGCCGCGCAGUCGCAGUGCGAGUGUUCGGACACGAACGGCCCGGCGAAGGACGGACAUUGCUGUCAGAUCGGCGAACGCUUUCAGCAGCGGAUACCCGGGGAAUACCUCGCCAUUGGGCCACAAAUGCAGCUGCAGGUGGAGGUGACCAUUAGCAACAAGCUCGGUCGGACCGCUGUGACCACGAGCUUAUCACUGGACGACACGAUACUGAGACUGCCUCCACCGCCGUUCUUCGUCGCCCGUCCGCUGAAUAGUAGCUGUCUGGAUGUGACAGUCGGCUACGACAGCAACGCCGCCACAAGCAUCUGGGACCUGCUCGACUUCGACGUCGAGUGUGAUAUUCAGUACAGACGCGAGGGGCGGGAAUCCAAUAAGCCAUCGAAACAUGCGACGAAGAUCGGGCUAAUAAACGCUGACAAUCAAGACAAGAAGCAGAUGGUUAUAUGUGGCCUUGCGGCCUACACAAACUACACCCUCUACGCGAGGUGUAGACCGGAGCAUAGCCACUUCCAGAGCUCGUCUAGUGGACCAAUCAGCGCGAAUACAACCUCCGCAGCGCCGUUGUCUGGACCUCCUAUGACAAACGGAGCCUUCUCAUUGAAGUCCCUAGAUGGUGGAGAUCGACUGGUCCAUUUGUACUGGCAGUCGCCUCAGCAAGGUGAUGUUCGCGGCAAAUUCACCGGCUACAAGCUGAAGAAGCUCAUCAGUGGUCACGUGAUCGAAAAGCCUGGCAGCGCCGACGACGACAUCAUUGUGAAUACGACGAGUCUCGAAGUGACACUGAGGCAGACGAACAAAAUGCAGCUCGACAUUUGGGUUGUCAAACGACGCUGGAGAGUCGCGCGUUUCUUCUAGGGCCACGGUUCCGUCAAGCCAGCAACUUCUCCAGGGACCGUCCUAUCUGAGCAGCAGCCAUAUUGGAUCCUGCGCUGAAGGUGACGUCCAGCUUACCUGGGAAUUACAAG